AUGUAUGCUUGGACAGACCCCAAUUCCUAUCAGGAAAACUCUGUCGCAGAUGCACCAUUAAAACAAGGUGCGGAACUCCAAACCUGUGGAUCCGACCUACAAUAUGCCUAUCCAGGAAGACUAACCAUGUCGGAUUCUUCCUUUUCUCCCUUGAAACGCAGUCCUGUUACCACCAUUAAUUCUGCUCGGUUAACCGAUACGCUCAGUUUACCCACAUUUGUACCAUUUGAAGGGCGUCAAAUGUUUGAUGCAACACCUAGUAGUGAAUCAGCAGAUGAAAUACCAAAACCGAAGAGAAGUAGCUCGCUCAAAUCAACCCGUACACCCCCGGGGACUCCUGGACAAAAGGCGGUUCGUUUUGCCGAUGCCCUUGGUCUUGACCUUGCUACUGUGCGUCAUGUGUUUGAUCAGGAAAACCCCCCAAAGAUUCCGGCAUCUGCCACAUUUGACCUUCAACUGGAUAGUGAUGAAUGCAUUGCUAAACUGGGUGCCAAACAGUUUGGUCUCUGUUUCGCCCAACCGGGAGCAGCAUCAAAUUUCAUUCGUCGUGUUCUGAAUGAGACAGUUUGCCUGGAGGAUUGUCAUGUGGAUAUGCCUCGAGGCAUACUAACUGGGACAAUACGUGUGAAAAGUUUGGGUUUCGAGAAGCAUAUUGCAGUACGAAUCACAUACAACAAUUGGGUUACAUUUUUCGACAGUCAAGCAUCCUACGUGCAAGGUUCUCAUGAUGGAGCUACAGAUCGGUUUUCAUUUAGUGUCGUGUUCCCAGACACCAUGGUACCCGGUGAUCGGGCGCAAUUCGCCAUUCGGUAUGAAACCCAUACAGGUGAACAAUUUUGGGAUAACAAUCACGGACAGAAUUAUUGUGUAACCUUCUUUCAUCCUAUUCAUUCAUCCUCUCCGCAAUCACGUUGCGCUGAAAUAGUUUCCCAUCGUGUCCUGUUAGUUUCUAUUACCGGACUGAGUAAAUCCACUAACCAUGCUUUCAGCUCGCGCUUGUUUACCGCCUUUAUCACAUACACAAACCCGCAUUUUCCCGAGUUACCCGCCUACCUCCAUUCCCUUCGCCUUAUAAAAGUCUCUUCCCUCCUUAUUUUUACAUCAACCCUCUGCAGACCCUUCUGA